AGUGUCGGGUGACGCUGGAUUUUUGCUUACCGACUGGAGAAGCUUAAAGAGACAACAGCAAAACCCAGCGAGGGAGAAGGAUAUGAAAUCGCGUUUAUAUUUAUAAACAAGGGAAUAUGUCGAAGUUUGCAUCCUAAUAUAAUACUACAGUCUGUAUGUUGUUAGUGUUAUCAGAUCAAAUAGCUGGAGCUGCCCAAGCACUCAGGGAAGCAGGGAUGAAUUGUAGCCUGUUUUAGGCAAAGACUAUAUCUACCAGUCAUUCUGUAUAUCCACUGGAACAAGGCCCUUUUGCUCAUAACGUCUCCACUCCCCACUCGAAUCACCGUUCGCUGUUAGGACAUGAAGAAUGUAUCCUGCGUUACCAAAGAAUGACUUGGAAGUAGCAAUGAGGGGCUCAAGAGGAAGUAGCCAGUCGGCGUUGUGGAUCCAUUAGCUGAGAGCUCUGUGCAUGAGCGAGAGUGUGUGUGUGUGUGCGUGCGCACGUGCACCUAUGUGAGUGUGUGUAUGCUUGUGUGAGUGUGCAUGCCAGCACCGCCUGCCAUCUUCAGGCAUCGACAUGCGACUCUGAAACUCGGGUUGGACCCUCCUUCGUCAAAAAAAACCAAGAGUGGAGUCCUCCAUUCAAGACAACAAAGUACGACUCGACACACUCUGGAUUGACGUCAGCUCACAAGAAACAAACCUUUGUACAUACACUUCUUGUGUGUGUGUGUAUAUAUUCAUCUAUUCCUAUAUACAACAAAAAAAAAAUCAACCCCCUUCCCUCUGUUGUUGUGUGGCCUCCCUCCCUUACACUUUCCCUGGUAGUUGUUUCGACGCCUUUCUGAUUUGCAUGGCAGGGGUGUAACCGUGGAGAGGCCAGGGUAUCACAAGCUUAUGGAUUUUGAUAAGAGGGGAGGGAAGGCGGACGCAGAGGAAGGGAAAAGGAUGUCAAAGGCGGCUGGCAGCAGGACUGGACAUGGCGGCCGGAGCACAGGGACCAAUUCGGGGGUUCUCAUGGUUGGCCCCAACUUUCGCGUGGGGAAGAAGAUCGGCUGUGGCAACUUCGGCGAGCUGCGACUGGGGAAGAACCUCUACACCAAUGAAUAUGUGGCCAUCAAAUUGGAACCCAUUAAGUCCAGAGCACCACAGCUUCACUUGGAAUAUAGAUUUUAUAAACAGUUGGGAAAUUCAGAGGGCAUUCCUCAGGUGUACUACUUCGGCCCAUGUGGGAAGUACAACGCCAUGGUGCUGGAGCUGUUAGGGCCCAGCCUGGAGGACCUGUUUGACCUCUGCGACCGCACCUUCUCCCUCAAGACCGUCCUCAUGAUCGCCAUACAGCUGAUAACGCGGAUGGAGUACGUCCACACCAAGAGCCUGAUCUACCGUGACGUCAAGCCCGAGAACUUCCUGGUGGGGCGGCCGGGCAGCAAGCGGCAACACACCAUCCACAUCAUCGACUUCGGGCUGGCCAAAGAAUACAUCGACCCCGAGACCAAAAAACACAUCCCGUACCGGGAGCACAAGAGCCUGACGGGCACGGCGCGAUACAUGAGCAUCAACACCCACCUGGGCAAAGAGCAAAGCAGAAGGGAUGACCUGGAGGCUCUGGGGCACAUGUUCAUGUACUUCCUACGAGGCAGUCUGCCCUGGCAGGGCCUCAAGGCGGACACUCUGAAAGAGCGCUACCAAAAGAUCGGAGACACCAAGCGAGCCACUCCGAUCGAAGUGCUCUGUGAAAGUUUUCCAGAAGAGAUGGCCACCUAUUUGCGCUAUGUGCGGCGGCUCGACUUCUUUGAGAAACCGGACUACGAUUACUUGCGGAAGCUCUUCACUGAUCUGUUUGACAGAAAUGGCUAUGUCUUUGAUUACGAAUAUGACUGGGUCGGCAAGCCACUCCCCACACCCAUCGGCCCCAUCCCGAGUGACACGCCCCAGCCAAGCAGCAGGGACAAAGCACAACAGCAGACCAAAAACCAGUCGCCUGAGCCCAGAGGAAGUGAGUCUCAGCCCACUCCAGUGACCAAUAACGAGACGCUGGGGUCACAUCUCACAGCUGAUAGGCUGGGCGGCUCUGUCCAGGUGAUGAGCUCGACGAACGGAGAGCUGAAUACUGACGACCCGACUGCAGGACACUCCAACGCCCCCAUCACCGCACCCACUGAGGUGGAAGUGGCCGACGAUACAAAGUGCUGUUGUUUCUUCAAAAGGAGAAAGAGGAAAGCGCUCCAGCGACACAAGUGAAAAGAAGGCCUCGUCGGGCGAGAACUUGAAAACAUUCUGGUCACUGUCAAGUUUUAAAUGGAAGCAAAAUACACAGAUCACCCAUUUCUUUUUUCUUUUUUUUCACCCCCUUCUCCCUCUCCAGUACACUCCUUGCUCCUAUACCCCCCAAAACCUCUCCUACCCCUCCUUUUUUUUUUCACUCUUCUCACGUUAUAGCUCCGCACUAUUGGAGCGUGAAGGAAAGUUGUUGUUCGAUGGGCAAACACAACAGACUUUUAUUCCUUUACAAAUGAGAAAAAUAAAGACCGAAACAUAAAUACAUGUGUUUAAAAAAGGGGAGGGGGGUUGAAAUGUGUUAAAAGAAAAGAAUACAAAAAAAUUAACUACAAUACACAACCACCGUGGCGUGAAUAUAAAAAAAGAUACUGUUUGAAACAGUUGUUGUAUUCUAGAUUCCAUGCUGAACAUUUACUGUUGGGCUGUCAUUGAUAUGGAUGAGAACAUGAAAGGAGAGAGAUGUGUGAGAAUUGAAUUACUUGUUAGAAAUAGUCCUUAUUUGUGGGAACCCUGGGAGGCAAGAACGAACUAUUCUAAUGAUAAAGAAUCAAGAAGGCAACAGGAUACUGUUCAUCUCAGCCUCAAUUGGAGAUUUUAAUUUUUUCAGUUUUUUUUUUUAUUUUUAUCUUUUUUCUCUUUUUUUCCCCCCUUUUUUUUUUUUGUAAAUGUAAUCUGAAGUUUGGUUUCAAAUGUCUCCUUUUGGCUGCAAACAAAAAACUUUUACCUUAAUGUUGUAGUGCUCUGGAAUUCAUUUUUUUCAUUUGCUUUCUUUGUUUUGUUAAUUUUUCCAUUCUUUUUUCUGUCAAUGUGGACUUUGUAGCACAGUCACUGGCCUCAGGUACUGUGGAAGAUGGGGAGAGCCUCAGAUAUACAUCUCUCCUCUCGUUGCACUUUUGGGGAAAAAAAGACAAAAUAACAGUGGAAUUCUGGGUUUGAAAUUAACAAACAGGAAACCAACUAAAUAAAGACUGAUUUAGGAAGAUUCCUACACGAGGCUGAUAUCUGUACAAGGGCAGAGAUGUUCAUUUAGAAGGAAACAAAAAAAAUGUCUUUUCAGUUUUAUGUCUCACUUCAGAAUAAUUUACCAGGAAAUCAUAGUUUGUGCCUUUCCAAGUAAAAUGUUUAAAGCUCAA